AUGGUGAGCUUAAGAAGACACACACACUUCAGACUAUGCGCUGGAAGAACAUCACUUCCUAGGUUUUGUGACAUCAGAACUGCCCUGACUUCUAGCCAUGCAAAACCAAAGAGUGUGCAUCGGAUGCGGUCAAAUGGUUCAAAUGAUGUAAAUCAGCCAGAGAGGAAUGCGACUGCUAUAGGGGCUUCUGCGAAGGUUUUCACCGAUGCAGUGCUGGCUUUGCCUGCUUUUGCAAAUGUGGGAAGUGAGUCAGGACACUCUCGUAUACCGAGGCAGCGCUUUGAGAUUGAUGGGAGUUCUCUGGGGGCUUAUAUACCUCAAAGCAACCAAGUUAUACCCUUGCAGAGCCAAGUAAAAGACCAAGAAUCUUACACCCUUCAGCUUGACAACAAGAUAGAGAACUUGCAAACCAUGGUCAGCAAGCUAGAGGAGAACACACAGCAAACCGGUGAGCUGGACACUGCAAAGGUUGAACUUGAGAAGCAGCAAGCAGACUUGGAGAUGCUUGAGUUUCACAAAUUACUUUUGCAAAUGGUUGAGAAGCUGUGCGGGAAUGUAGAGCUCAUGCAUCAAGUAGACUUAGUGAUGGGUGAGCCUAACCAAAUGCAGCUGAGGGAGAUUUUGCAAAAGGUUGAGAAGCUGUGUGAGGAUCUCAGAAGCUUCGCUUCAGCCGGUGUUGUGGAGGAUUCUGCGGCUCCAACAGACUGA